AUGAAAACUGGAUCAGUGGCAGAUAGUAAAAGAACCGGCCGUCCUUCAACAUCAAGAUCAGAAGAAAAUAUUAAAAUUGUUCGAGAGAUGUUCACAAGAAGCCCCUACAAGUCAACACGUCAAGGAGCUCGUGAGAGCGGACUUACACGGCAUACUGUAAUGACAGCCCUUAAGUCUUUCAGCUUUCGUCCUUGGAAGCCACAUUACUGCCAAGAAAUAACUCCAGAGGACUGUGAUCGCCGGAUGGAAUACGAAGAGAUUAUGCUUGGAUGGCAUAGAGAUUGGUCAGAACUGUUUGAAAACGUUGUCUGGACUGACGAGGCAAUUUUUCAUGUUGGGGGCUUUGUUAACCGUCAUAACUAUCAUUAUUGGGCAGAGUUUGACCCCAAAAUAACUGCUCAGAAAAUGCAAAACCGUCCGAAGGUAACAGUUUGGUGUGGUAUGACAUCAAGUCAAGUUAUUGGCCCUUUUCUUAUGAGGGAAACAAUGAAUGGAGAGCGCUAUCUCAACCUGCUCGAAAAUAGAGUUUGGCCAGCUUUGUCAACGUUUGAUAACAUUAAAAAUAUGAUAUUUAUGCAAGAUGGAGCUCCACCACACUUCGCAUCGAAUGUCCGACAGUGGCUGCAUAACCGCUUCCCAGGGCGUUGGUUAGGUCGUCGCGGACCACACGAAUGGCCUGCUCGUAGCCCGGACCUCACGCCAUGCGAUUUUUUCCUGUGGGGUUGGGCAAAAGAUGAAGUCUAUCGCUCAAAACCUCGCACUCUUGAUGAACUGGAAGUAAGAAUUUAG